AUGGCAGCACGGGCAGUACCAAUGCAGACGCAGCCCCGUUAUACCAGCACCGCGAGGGAUUUUGACGAUGGUCCCCUCCCUUCUAUAUCAAGCCGCGAUGGAGGCUUCCGGGAUCACUUUGGGAGUCGUCCCUUUGGUAUCCCAUUGAACGACAGUCUCUCACCCUCGAACGCUUCGCACCCUAUGGCGAUCCACGGCUCAGACGGGAACGGGAUAAACGCGCCUCCUCCGCUACCUCCUCCACGCCUUGCCCCCGUCGAGGGCCCCGUCGACCCGAAUGUACAGCACUACAGAGACUCCGAAUUCAUGCGCAAUGACGGUCCCAAUAGCCUUGAGAGCGAAUCCUUCAAGUUUGAACGGCGAGCGCUUCCGAACAAGCGUGAAAGUCCCCAUGAUGAGGGCUAUCAGAGCUACGAUAGUGUCAGAUCCUCGCAGUACUCGUCUCCCUUCGGCCUCCACGCCAUGAAAGGGUUUCGUCCUGAUAAUGCAGCGAUCGAUAAGACAAUGUUGAACAGGUUAAACAAAAGCGGAGGAUUCAGCAACUCCUUGAAUGACGCACAUGGCUCUCGUCCAAGCCACGCCAGCCUUCCCCAGCUUUCUCUCCCACAUCGAUCAAAGGUGGGCUUCUUCGCAUCGGGGUUUGCCUCGUCGCCCACUGCGGCAUCUCCGCUUCCCAGCCCGUUCUCUUCAACAAGCCAACCCAGCCCCUCUGUCGUGGGGUUUCGUCCUAGUGAUGGGUUUGAUAAGAACGUUUUCAAUCGUGCUCAACCGCCGAGAGCGCGCAGGACGAAGAGCACGUUGAUGCAGGAUGACGGUUUCCUCAAUACCGCAGACGACGAUGACAAUGACUUUGCAAUGGAGGAGACUACGCGUAUGCGGACUCUGAAGAUCGAAGAUCCGUGGAGGGAAAGGCAGAGGGAGAAUGAAAGAGAGAUAGAGAGCGGUUCUUGGCAGCAAGGAAACCAGACGCGGCCAUCCCACUAUUCGCCAUCGCAGCUGUAUCAUGCGGGGAGGGACGUAGGCGGAGAAAGAAGCUAUUAUCAAUCGGGUCAGAAGCGUCCGGCCUCGCCCACGCCGAUCGAUAGGUGUAGUGAUACAUCAGGCUUGAAUAGGGGAUCACCUACCCCUAGGCUGACUGUCGUUUCACAAGGGUCUGUCUCUAGCUUGUCGGCUGCUAGUCGCAGCGGAAGUUAUAUUGGCAAUCUGACUGCUAGCAGCAUGACAAGUAACAGUUCGCUUGGCCGUCUGUCUCCCAAUGGUGUAUCUCCCGGUGGGGUGUCGCCGACGGACGGGAUGGGUGGUGGGAGCCCGUAUGCCACACCCAUCAGCCUCACCGCUUCACCAAGAUCGUCGAUCAGCCGGGCAGGUGCGGCACAGUCGCCACACCCUAGGAUUUCGGGUGACUAUACCCAAAGAUCGGUUGAGCCGUCCAAUAGGACGCUCGGGAUUCCCAGGAAGCUUGCAGAGAUUCCUAAAAGUGCUAGCAAUAUCGCGGCUGCUAAGCUGAAGGGCCCAUACAUGUGCGAAUGCUGCCCGAAGAAGCCAAAGAAGUUCGACACUGAAGAGGACUUGAAGCUACACGAAGCUGAGAAACAGUACGGGUGCUCGUUUUGUGGGAACAGGUUCAAGAACAAGAACGAGGCUGAACGCCACCAGAACUCGCUGCACGUUCGUCGUCACAGCUGGUCAUGCUCAGCGCUUCAGACUUACGAUCGCGCAUUCCACGACAGCAGCACGAGGCCGGGUGAGGCUGAUGCGUGUGGCUAUUGCGGUGAAGAAUUUGCCCGUACAGGACGCAAUGCGGCUGGCAUCUUUGCUAGUGAGCAAGAUUGGGAGGACCGUAUCCGGCAUUUGCAGGACGUGCACAAGUUCCGCGAGUGCAAUGCCAGCAAGAAGUUCUUCCGGGCAGACCACUUCCGGCAACAUCUCAAACACAGCCAUGCCGGCACGAGUGGAAAGUGGACCAACAUGCUGGAAAACGCUUGCAUGAUGGACGAGGGACCAGUGGUCCCCCGAUAA